AUGUCAGAGGACAUCAAACAGUCGUGGACCGACGAGUUGUCCAAUUUACUGUGGAAACAGGCACUACGAAACAGAGAGGUUAGGCUGGCGGAAAUGUCUUCUAUGGGAAUUGGCAACAAACCCUGUUUGGACAUCCGGCCGAGUGCGGAUCAAAUAAACGAUCGAUCCAUCACGUUCGCGCAGCUCAGUAAAACUGCCCCAAGGUUCCGGAACUCCAUAGUGGCGUUGCCCUCGGACCUGGAGUCGAUCGCCAAGCGGCCGCACUCGAUCAUAUCGGUGAGCAGCAGCAGCGCGGGCAGCAGUAACAGCAGCAGUGGCAGCAGCAGCAGCGGGGCCAGCUGUCGGAGCAGCGAGGGCGCCCGGCAGACCAGUCAGUGUUCCAGCCAGUCGACCGAGAGCGGCAUAGUGGCCGACUGGUACAGCCGGAACAGUCAUUCGGGCAGCGUCGCCUCGGACACGCUCUCGUCUCCGCCCGCGGCCAACAACAAUCGCAACAACAACAACAACAACAACAGCAGCAGCAGCAGCGGCAAGGGCUCGACGCCCAAGUCCGCGGCCACUGCCGCCGCGUCGGACUCGAACUCCGCACGGCUUUCGGUCAAACUGUAG